UUGAUGGGAUGGGUUUCUAAGUAACAAUAUCACUGAACCCAAAACCAUGAGGCCUCUUCUUCCACUUCCAUUCCAACAAACAACCCACCCUCUCCUAAGCCCCAAGAUUUCCCUCCAAACCCGCCAUGAACUCUUUCUGGCUUCUACUCUUCUUCUUCCUCCUCCUUUCACCGUCUUCCUCCGCCCCUUCCUCGCCGGCGACCAACGUCACCCUCUCCGGCGACGCCCAUUUCACCAACAACUCCAUCACUCUCACCCAAGAACUCAACUGCAUCUCUUCCCACUCCAAUUUCCCCCCUCCUUUUGGAAUUGGAAGAGCUUUCUAUGUCCUCCCAAUCCGCUUUCUUGAUUCUUCCACCAACGCCACCGCUUCUUUUUCUUGCCGUUUCUCUUUCCAAAUCAUCCCGUCCUCUUUCUGCCCCUUUGGAGAUGGCCUCGCCUUUUUUAUCACCUCCGAUCCAGAUUCCGUCGGCCUCUCCGGCGGCUCCAUGGGCCUCCCGGAACAAGAUUCCUAUCUCGCCGUGGAAUUCGAUACCAGUUUCAAUCCGUCCCUCGGCGACAUCAAUGACAACCACGUUGGCAUUGAUGUCAACACUGUUGAAUCUCUUUAUUCCAUCGAUUUGUUCCAAAAAGGGAUUAGUUUGAAGAGUGGAAAACAAAUCACGGCUUGGAUUGAGUACAUAGAUUCAGAGAAGGUGAUCAGGGUGUGGCUUGGCUACUCGAAGCUAAAGCCUAGAACCCCUCUUCUCGUGGCCCCAAUCGAUCUUUCGAACCAUUUCGAGGAGUUCAUGCACAUCGGUUUCUCCGCCUCGAAUCGCGGGGGCUCGGCUAUUCAUCUUGUUGAGGGGUGGAGAUUCAAGGCUUAUGGAUUGGUCCCCUCUGUAAUGUCAAUGGAAACAGUUGAAGCAGGGGAUUGUGUCGUGUGUUUACCAGAAGAUUCUGUUGAUGAAAAGGGGGAAUUCAAUCAUAUGGACAAAAGGGUUAGUGAAUUGGCCCUUGGAUUGGGCUGCUUGGCUGCAUUUAUCAUCUCUGUAUCAACCAUUGUUGUCAUAAUCAUCUUUUGGAUGAUGAGGCGGAAGGGAAUUGAUAGCCAAGUUUGUGGAUUUCAAGGAUACAAAGUGCCCAAAAGGCUCUCACUCUCAGAGAUAAAAUCAGCCACAAAAGGGUUUAACCAGAAGAGAAUUAUAGGUGCAGGAGGGGCUGCAACUGUGUAUGAAGGGUCCCUGCCCUCUUGUGGGGCGGUGGCGGUGAAAAGGUUCAGCCGGGUGAACAGAAUUGGUCCCUUUGGCAACCAGUUCACGACUGAGUUUGCAACAAUGGUGGGGUGCUUGAGGCACAAGAACUUGGUUCAGCUUCAAGGAUGGUGCUGUGAGGGUAAUGAAUUAGUCCUAGUUUAUGAGUUCAUGGCAAAUGGGAGUCUUGACAAAAUUUUACACGAUAAAGAGAAUCCCCUUAUAACGUUCCUUAUAUGGGAGCGAAGACUCGAUAUCAUUCUUGGCGUUGCGUCGGCUCUUGUAUACCUACAUGAAGAAUGUGAGAGACAAAUAAUUCAUAGGGAUGUGAAGACUUGCAAUAUAAUGCUGGAUGCUGAAUUCAAUGCCAAGCUUGGGGACUUCGGCUUGGCUGAAGUUUAUGAACAUAGUUGUAGCACUAGGGAGGCUACCAUACCGGCCGGAACAAUCGGCUAUCUUGCUCCAGAGUACGUUUAUCUGGGCAUUCCCACUGUGAAAACCGAUGUUUACAGCUUUGGGGUUGUGGUGCUGGAGGUGGCAUCGGGGAAGAAUCCCGUGGACAGCGAUGGAACUCUGCUUGCAGAUUGGGCGUGGGGGCUGUGGGAAAGGGGGAGGCUAAUUGAGGCUGCUGAUUCAAAACUGAAAGGGAAGUUCAAUAGGCUGGAGAUGGAGAGGAUGCUCAGGGUUGGGCUUCUUUGCGUGCACCCCAACUCUGAGAAGAGGCCGACAGUGAAGGAGGCGGCGAGGACGCUUAAAGGCGAGGUAGCGGUGCCCAUUUUGCCGGCGAGGAAGCCACUGGUCAGCAUUCAAUCUGUGCUGCCUGAGGGUUCUGCUGAGAUAAUGAAUUGUGGUGGAGAUGAGAAUCCUUAUUUGGAUGAGACUCCUUGGCUGACCCCCAAGACUCAUUUUUGGUAGAAAUUCAACGGGAAGAUAUCCAAAUUGGAAGAAUGUAUCAUGCAUGCGUGAAUAUGUUAAAUGUUUUUCUUUCAUAUGCAUUGAGAUCUUGCCCUUU